AUAAACUUCCUUGAUUCAACGGACAUUUUAAUUGCAUUAACAGAUCCCUUCAGUUGAGCGCCAUGUCGGAGGUUGGGGGCUUUCUAGGGACACUCGACUUGGAUUUACAGAGUUUCCCCGCACUAGGAAGUAUGCCCUUGGCAGAGGCGCCAGCGGGGUUACUGGAUGAGAGGCUGGGACAGAUCGAGGGGAGGUUACAGCGAGGCUCGCUGACGGAAUUUGAGCACCUUAAAGGGAUUCUGCGGCGGAGGCAGCUGUACUGUCGAACCGGAUUCCAGCUGGAGAUAUUCCCCAACGGGACCGUGUACGGGACAAGACAGGACCACAGCAGAUUCGGUAUCCUAGAGUUCAUCAGUCUGGCUGUAGGGCUGGUCAGUAUUAGAGGAGUGGACGCAGGACUCUACCUGGGCAUGAACGAGAGAGGAGAGCUCUAUGGGUCGAAGAAGUUAACAGCAGAGUGCGUGUUCAGAGAGCAGUUUGAGGAGAAUUGGUACAACACAUACGCCUCUACGCUCUACAAACACACCGACACCGGACGCUUCUACUACGUAGCGCUCAACAAGGACGGCUCGCCACGGGAGGGGGGGAGGACGAAGAAACACCAGAAACUAACGCACUUCCUGCCUCGGCCUGUGGAGAUAGAGAAGAUCCCCCAGGCUUACAGAGAUCUGUUCCAAUACAGGUGACCAGGGCUGAGCCUGGGAGAGAGGGAUGAGGAGGAGGAAAGGGAGGAGAGUUUGGGACUAAGGACAGGACUCAAUACUCCCACUGACCUCGCUCCCACACCUCCAGCCCCACUCCCCCUGUGAAGGUGUUUACGUAUUGCCCCUCCAGCCAAAAGGUCCCCCUCCCAUUCCUCCGAAUGGACCACCAACAAGAGAGAUAAACAUAGCUUGUGUUCCUGGACGUUAAACACUAUGAGAGGACUGUUUGACCUCAGAGGGGUCAGAGCAGAGUGUAGGAGACGCUCUUCUCUCCAGCCACUGAGGAGAGAGAGGGGGAGUCCUACUAGAGGGGGGGUGUUAUUAGGCCCAUAAGACCUCACUCUGGAGGAGAGCACAGGGUUGAGAGGAGAAAAUCCCUUCUCUGAACGGAUAUGGAGGGAGAGAGACUGGACUGGCAUCAGGCCUGUAUGACUGCCUAACCCACCCUGGGAUAACCGCAGGUUAAAACCACCUGAAGAAGACAAAGACUUUUCCUGAUGAGAACCACUUUUAUACAUAAUAAGAUAAUUAACCAGCAUUCACUGCAAAUAAGAAAGGGUUUGGGGUUAGUCCUCAUCAGUUCGAGUAAGGGGUCUGAGGACUAUUAAUGAACAAGUAAUGGAAAGUUGAUCAGACUAGCUGAGAUGACCAGUGGACACUACUCUAGCCAAGCCAUUCACCACAGCAACCAGAGAACUCCAGGGAGCGAGGGAGGGAUUGACCAAUGGAAGUUGAGAAUGUCAGUGUGUUCUAAAUCAACUUGUAGAGAGAACUUAUCUUCUGACUAAUCAUUGUGAUGUCAGAGUGUUCUAAAUCAACGUGUAGAGAGAACUGAUCUUUUGACUAGUUAUUGUGAUGUCAGAGUGUUCUAAAUCAACCUGUAGAGAGAACUGAUCUUCUGACUAAUCAUUGUGAUGUCAGAGUGUUCUAAAUCAACGUGUAGAGAGAACUGAUCUUCUGACUAAUCAUUGUGAUGUCAGAGUGUUCUAAAUCAACGUGUAGAGAGAACUGAUCUUCUGACUAGUCAUUGUGAUGUCAGGGCUGAGCUGGGAGAGACAGAGAGUACACUACUACUUAGAAUGUAUAUGUGAUGGAGACAGAUUGGCCAUGAGGGAGCAUCCAGGUGUAACAGGGUUGGCAGAACUUGGCACAUAAGUUAAAUGAUCAAUGUAAAGAGAUGUGAUGAGCUGGGAUACAUGUAAUACUUUUUGACUAUGUGAUAAAUGUAAAACAUGAAUUCAGUUGGUACAGUCAAGGACAUGGAUGGUGCAGCUAGAUUGCAUUUCAAUUAAAUGCAGAUGACAACGAAUGAGAAAUCCUGAAAAGAAUAGGCUUUUAUUGAGACAAACUUGAUACACUAUAUACACAGCAGUAUGUG